CGCGCUCCAAGAUAAACAGAAUAGACGCAAGGAGCCGAUCCAAUCCCCUUAGCAGCGGUUCGAGCGCCAUGGAAUCAGAAAAGCCCUCCUCUUCUCCCUCAGCCAUGACCACCUCCCUCCCCGAAGUCAUCGAUGAGACACCUGGUCCCAUGGCAGACCUCUAUGGAGACGAGUACCACGAUCCGGUCUACCAUGAAAAGGCAAAGAUACUCAAUCGGGCCAUUCAGGAGAUCGGAAUGGGCAGGUAUCAGUGGUAUCUCUUCGUUGUCGCUGGUUUCGGCUGGUUUGCCGACAGCGUCUGGCCACUCCUCAGCGGCCUAAUCCUCACACCUGUCGUCAACGAAUUCAAGUUUACGAGUCCCUUUCUCUCUCUCGCUUCCAACAUCGGUCUUUUGGGUGGUGCUGUCUUCUGGGGUCUAGGAUGCGAUAUCUGGGGCCGCCGCUGGUCCUUCAACAUCACCCUUUUCAUUGCGGGCGUCUUUGGUCUCGCUUCCGGCGGAUCCCCGAACUUCAUCACCCUUGCGGCGUUAAUCGCGUGCGUUGGACUUGGUGUUGGAGGCAACAUGCCCGUGGAUUCCGCAGUCUUCCUCGAUUUCGUCCCCGGGUCUCAUCAGUACCUGCUCACCAUCCUCUCUGUCUGGUUCACCUUGGGCCAGCUGUUGUCGAGCUUGAUUGCAUGGCCACUGAUAACCAACUUCUCCUGCAGUCCCACCCCCGAAAACCCGGCAUGUCCGCGCGAGUCCAACAUGGGCUGGCGCUACCUCCUCUUCAUCCUCGGCGGCCUCACGCUCGUUUUCUGGGCACUCCGCUUCUUCGUCUUCACGCUUCUCGAAUCCCCUCGCUUCCUCGUUGGCAUCGGGCGCGACGCAGAGGCAGUUGAGGUUAUCCGCCAGCUGGCUGCGUUCAACGGGACGGAAUGUACCCUCGAUGUGCAGGAGCUACAGGCUGUUGGCGCUGUGAAGGCCGCUGCUGGAUCGGGUGCGAGUACACCGACAGAGGCAGGCGAAUCGGAGAUGCCCGUCGUGGAGGUGAUUGAAGCGAGGCGGCGCGGUGUGCUGAGCUCGGGGUCGAAGUGGAAUACGUCGCACAUCAGGGCGUUGUUUGCAACGCCCAAGAUGGCGUAUAGCACUACGCUGCUUAUCGUGCUUUGGGGCAUCAUCGGUCUUGCUUCGACGCUGUACAACAACUUCCUUCCUUAUCUGCUUCAGACGCGCGGAGCCGCACUCGGCGAUGGCUCUCUGUACAUUACCUACCGCAAUCAACUCAUCCUCAGCGUCAUUGGCGUCCCGGGCGCCUUCCUUGCCGGAUGGUCCGUCGAGCUUCCCCGCGUCGGCCGAAAAGGAACACUAGCGAUCUCAGCGGGGCUCACCGGCGCGUUCCUCCUCGCGACAACGACGGCGCGCACGUCGAACGCGCUGCUCGGGUGGAACUGCGGAUACGUGUUCUUUAGCAAUAUUAUGUAUGGUGUCCUGUACGCCAUCUCGCCCGAGAUCUUCCCCGCCAAGGACCGUGGCACCGGCAAUGGUCUCACGUCGACCGCGACGCGGGUGUUUGGCGUGAUUGCGCCGAUCAUCGCGCUGUAUGCCAACCUGACGACUUCUGUUCCGGUUUAUAUUGCGGGCGGGCUGAUCGUCUUUGCGGGCCUCUUGGCGAUGUUGAUACCGUAUGAGCCGAGGGGGCAUGUGUCUAUCUGAGAGUUAUGUUGCGUCGGGGUCGGGUGGAGAUUAGUGCGUUAUGGAGAUUGUAUAGGGUUGUGCGUUGUUUUAUUUCAAGGUUGUGGAGGAUGUUUUCGCAUUUGCUAGGAUCCGUGCUACGAUUCAUGACCUCGUACUUACAGCUGUGAUGCUGUUAUAGAUGCUAAUAGAGAUGUG